AUAAGUGAGGCUCGUGGAGCUCGAGGCGCGGUACCGAGUAGUAGGAGAGUCGGACAGCGCGCGCGCUCAAACAGAUAACGGAUCUCCUCCUCCACCUCCUCCUCCUCGCGCGCACAUUUUUCUAUCAGCGUAUCCGAUCUUCCCUGAAGUCGGAUCCGUGUGUGUGUGUGUGUGUGUGUAUGUGUGUGUGUGUGGGAAUAGAUUUCAAACUCCAGAUGUUAGUGCACACUUACUCAGCCACGGACCGCCAUGACGGCGUACCGGGCCACAGCUCGCGCCUUUCCCAGCUCGGUUCGGUGUCUCAGGCUCCGUACUCCAGCGCGCCGCCGCUCUCGCACGCGCCCUCCUCGGACUUCCAGCCGCCGUACUUCCCGCCGCCGUACCAGCCGCUGCCGUACCCGCAGAGCCAGGACCCGUAUUCGCACGUGAACGACCCGUACGCGCUGAACGCCCUGCACCAGCCGCACCAGCAGCACCCGUGGGGCUCGCGCCAGCGGCAGGAGGUCGGCGGGGAGAACGCGGCGUCCCUGCUGCAGCAGCCCAGAGCCUCUCUUCCGCCGCAGCUCUCCGGCCUCGACCCGCGCACCCGGGAUUACUCCUCCUCUUCGUCCGUGCGCCGACCGGAUGUGCUGCUGCACUCGGCGCCGCACGGGCUCGAGGCCGGCAUGGGGGACAGCCUGUCUCUGCACGGGCUCGCGCACGGCAUGGACGACACGCACGUUGUAGAAGACGCCAAUAACAGUGGCAUGAACAUCCUGGAUCAAUCCGUUAUCAAAAAAGUCCCGAUGCCACACAAGAGCGUCACGUCUCUGAUGAUGAGUAAAGACGGGCUGAUCGGCGGCAUCACCGUGAACGUGAACGAGGUGUUCUGUUCAGUACCAGGCCGCCUGUCUUUGCUCAGCUCCACCUCCAAGUACAAGGUGACGGUGGGAGAAGUGCAGCGGAGACUCUCACCACCCGAGUGCCUCAACGCCUCGCUGCUGGGCGGAGUCCUGCGCAGAGCGAAGUCGAAAAACGGCGGCCGAUCUCUGAGAGAGAAGCUGGAAAAAAUCGGGCUCAAUCUGCCAGCAGGAAGACGCAAAGCUGCCAACGUCACUUUGCUGACGUCACUCGUGGAAGGUGAAGCUGUUCAUUUAGCGCGAGACUUUGGCUACAUCUGCGAAACCGAGUUCCCCACCAAGGCAGUGUCCGAGUACCUCAACCGCCAGCACACGGACCCCAACGAGAUCCACGCACGCAAGAACAUGCUGCUCGCCACCAAGCAGUUGUGUAAGGAGUUCACAGACCUGUUGGCGCAGGACCGCACUCCGCUCGGGAACUCGCGUCCGACGCCGAUCCUGGAGCCGGGCAUCCAGAGCUGUCUGUCUCACUUCAGCUUCAUCACACACGGGUUCGGCUCUCCGGCCAUCUGCGCCGCGCUCACCGCGCUGCAGAACUACCUGACCGAGGCGCUCAAGGGCCUCGACAAGAUGUUCAUCAACAACCAGACCUCCAACCGUCACACUCCGGCCGACGGCUCGAAAGGAGGCGAGAAAGACGAGAAACACAGGAAAUGAGGCACGACGUCGGAGAAGGAGAAGAGGCUCUAAGAGCAGCGCUUAUCACACGUGUCCAGAGAUUCUUUGGACUCGAGAUUUAUGA